AUGCGCUGGGCCAAGCUGGGCGUCAGCAGCUGGAACAUGGGUGGAGAGAAGGCCAGCCCAGAUGCUCUUUGUGUGGUGCUGAGUCGGAGCAGGAGUCAUCACAUGCAAGUGUCUCCGGAACAGAGCUUCCUUGGAGACAGCCAUGGACAUACUGAUCCCUCUCUGAGACCCAUUUGGGAUUUGGCUUUUCUUGGUGGCUCUUACGUGAUGUGGGAAAAGACAGCCCAGUUUUCACACUACUACAUGGCACAGCUCAGCAGUGUUAACCAAUGGAAAACAAAUGACGACGCAAUCGAUUUUGAUUAUACCGUUCUACUCCACGAAUUCUCAACCCAGGAAAUCAUUCCCUGUCGUAUUCACUUGGUCUGGUACCCUGGCAAGCCGCUUAAAGUGAAGUACCGCUGUCAAGAGCUACAGACACCAAAAGAAGCCUCGGGAAAUGAAGAAGGUUCAGCUGUGGCACCAACAGAGCUUAAUAAUUUCUGAAAAGAAAAACAAAAGUCCUGCUUAUACCAAAUUCUAAACAAAGUGACUCUAUUAAAUAGUGUAUAGCAUUAUUCUGCUAAAAUAGGUAAGGUAUAAAGGAUUCUAAUAUUUUUGAGCAAGCCUGCAAUUAUAAUACUUAAUUAAAAUAUUCUGGGGUUUUUGUUUUUCGAUUGGUUUAUUUGGUUAAUUCUGGAAACAUAAGCAUACUGAACUCUCUCAGUGCUAAACAGUUUACUCCACAGGUUUCUCAGGGUUUCAGCCCUAAAAUGUAAAACAAUCAAUUAGUGUAUACUGUAACUGGAUCAAUAAGUAUUUAGCAAAAGAAAACACAAAUUGAUGACCUUACCUUUAAAGCUAUAUUUGUCAUUACUUUGAACGUAGCAUAGCCAACUAUUUUCUGUUGCUAAAUUCCUUCUACUUAGUAUAUUAAAAAGAUAAUAUAUUUCAAUGAAAGCAAAUUGCAGGGAAAAUAGUACCAGUUUAGAACAAACUUUAAUAUUUAUCAUUUCAAGCAAGUAUUCUUUUUUGAUAUCUACUUUUCUUUAUAAAAUGUGUUCAGUGUGUUUAUAGAGAUUUGUAUACAUAGGCAAAAUUUGUGUUAAACUGAAUUAAAUGAACUCUUAAUAUUGCUUAAUUCAAAUUUUAUAAAUAAAAAUAUAGUGUUUCAUGGAUAAA